UUCAAAAAAAAAAAAACAGAGAGGGAGAGCCACUCAGCUACCUCCGGACCUCCAGGCUCCCUCGCUGCGCUUUCGCCUUUAAUCGAAGACCAACUAUUAACUCUCUCUCCUCUCCCUGCUCGCACUCAAUACACUGCACGAAAGACCAACUCUCCCUUCCCCUUGAACAGUCGACACCCAGGUACCUGUUUCGCCCCCAGGUAAGUGUUCGUCGGUACACCAUUUCCCGACGGAUUUACCAUAGAAUCUUCACUCCAUCUUCACUCAAGUCCCUGUCCGAGUUUUCGCCCAACCUCUCCAUUCUCCGGCCCAACUUUGCAGUGGGUUCUCAUAUUGAAACCUCCCGGCGUCUCUGUUUGAUUAAAUCUCUGUUUUUUCAAAGCUCAAGAAUUCUUGCUUUGAGAACAAAUUUCUAGGGUUUUGCACUCUACCUUCUCAGCUAUCUUGCCUAUUAUUUCGGUUACUUUUGCGUCAUAGGUAUUUCCCAUUUUGCCAAUGCCGCUGGUUUCUGGUAUCUCUUUGUUUAUUCUUGAUCCUUCUUGUUUUUCCUGAGCGCUAAAUCUAGCCGUUGGAAAGUGUUGAUCUUUCUGUCUUAUUCUUUUUCUGUUUGUUCCGAGUAUAUAUGAGGGUUUGAAAGCUCGCUGUCAACGAUUUCUGGCUCUUCCGCGUCAGUGUUCUGCGGCGUCGGCACCAGUUUCACCUGGCUUUCUUGGGUCUCCGAGUAUGCUAAAGUAGCGGGCACAAUGCGAGCUUUAUUGAAAAUGAAAAGCCAGCUAAUCGGAAUGUUUGUGUUGGUGCUGGUGACUAUCGGCCCAGUUCGCGUGAGAUCCCUUAAUCCGUCUCUGAACGACGAUGUGCUGGGGCUGAUUGUGUUCAAGGCCGAUAUCCUAGACCCAAAGGGAAAGCUUGUAUCUUGGAACGAAGAUGACGAUAGCCCUUGUAACUGGUUUGGCAUCAAAUGCAACCCCAGAUCCAACAGGGUCUCCGAGCUCAACCUCGAUGGCUUCUCCCUUUCGGGUCGGAUGGGCCGAGGUCUUCUCCAGCUGCAAUUUCUCCGCAAGCUAUCGUUGGCGAGGAACAAUCUAACCGGAAGCAUAAGCUCCAGUAUUGCACGGGUUGACAACCUUCGAGUGCUCGACUUAAGUGACAACAGUCUCUCAGGAGCUAUACCAGAGGAUUUCUUUCGGCAAUGUGGGUCUCUGAGAGUAAUAUCUUUGGCCAAGAACAAGUUUUCAGGGAAGAUAUCGGAUAGUUUGAGCUCAUGUUCCACUCUUGCGUCGGUUAAUUUGUCGUCUAAUCAGUUUUCGGGGUCGUUACCGCCCGGGAUUUGGUCUUUAAAUGGGCUUCGAUCCCUUGAUUUGUCGGAUAAUUCUCUUGUAGGUGAGAUCCCAGAGGUGAUCCAAGGCUUGAAUAACUUGAGAGCCAUUAACUUGAGCAAGAAUCGGUUUUCUGGGAUGCUCCCAACUGGCAUUGGAAGUUGUUUGCUGCUGAGGUCCAUUGAUCUUAGCGAAAAUUUGCUUUCUGGGGGCCUUCCAGAUACAUUGCGGAAGCUUUCUUUGUGUAACUAUCUUAAUCUGUGCAAGAACUCAUUUGCUGGUGAGGUUCCGGACAGUAUUGGUGAAAUGAAAAGCCUUGAAAUUUUGGACCUUUCUGCCAAUGGAUUUUCUGGCCAACUUCCAAGUUCAAUAGGAAACCUCCAGUCAUUGAAAGUCUUGAACUUGUCGGCUAAUCGAUUUACCGGAAGCUUGCCAGGGUCAAUGGCUGAUUGUGCAAACCUUGUGGCGUUAGAUCUCAGCCGUAAUUCGUUGACGGGUGAUCUUCCCGCGUGGAUCUUCAAAUCGGAGUUGCAAGAAGUUUCGAUUUCAAAGAACGAAUUAGGUGGGAGCAUGAGCAGUCAUUUAUCUUCUUCAUUGGGGAGCUCACCUGGACGGCUUGAAAUCUUGGAUUUGUCCCACAAUGCUUUUUCUGGGGGAAUAGCGUCUUCAUUAGGCGUUUUGAGCCGCUUGCAGUUCCUGAACCUAUCUAAGAACCUUCUUGUUGGUCCUAUUCCAGCGACGAUUGGGGAGUUGAAGACCCUGGAUGUUCUCGAUUUGAGCAAUAAUCGGCUGAAUGGAAGCAUCCCUCUGGAAAUUGGAGGAGUUGUUUCUUUGUAUGAACUAAGACUGGACAAGAACUUUAUAUCGGGGAAAAUUCCAGCUUCAAUCGAGAACUGUUCUUCUCUUACAACCUUCAUUGUAUCUUAUAACAGACUCAGUGGCCUUAUACCUGCAGCGAUAGCCCAACUUACCAACCUAAGAAACGUGGACUUGUCUUUUAACAACCUUUCUGGAGGCCUGCCCAGGCAGUUGGCCAAUCUUCCUCACCUUCUUUCCUUCAAUAUUUCUCACAAUAAUCUCCAAGGUGAACUACCUGCUGGUGGCUUUUUCAACACCAUCUCCCCUUUGUCUGUCACUGGAAAUCCAUCUCUUUGUGGAUCUGUGGCGAAUAAGUCUUGCCCUACAGUCCUUCCAAAACCCAUUGUCCUCAAUCCUAACUCUUCUUCUGAUUCUUCUUCUGGUUCAUUGCCUCCAACUCUUCGUCACAAAAGAAUUAUCCUCAGUGUUUCUGCACUCAUAGCCAUUGGAGCUGCUGCAGUCAUCAUCAUUGGUGUUAUUUCAAUCACUGUACUUAAUCUUCAUGUUAGGUCAUCCACAUCUAGAUCUGCAGCAGCCCUCACAUUAUCUGCUGGUGAUGAUUUCAGCCAUUCUCCCACUACAGAUGCCAAUUCUGGCAAGCUUGUCAUGUUUUCUGGUGACCCGGACUUCAGCACUGGAGCACAUGCUUUGCUCAACAAGGACUGUGAGCUUGGUCGUGGUGGGUUUGGAGCAGUCUACCGGACUGUUAUUCGAGAUGGGCACGCAGUUGCAAUCAAGAAGCUCACUGUCUCAAGUCUUGUCAAGUCUCAAGACGACUUUGAACGAGAGGUUAAGAAACUGGGGAAAGUGCGGCACCCUAAUCUUGUUGCACUUGAAGGUUAUUACUGGACUCCAUCAUUACAGCUCCUCAUAUAUGAAUUCAUCUCUGGUGGUAAUUUAUAUAAACAUCUCCAUGAAGGAGUAGGUGGAAACUUCCUCUCAUGGAACGAGAGGUUCAACAUUAUACUUGGGACAGCGAAAAGCUUGGCUUACUUGCACCAAUUGAACAUAAUUCAUUACAACAUAAAAUCAAGCAAUGUCCUUAUUGACAGCACAGGUGAACCUAAAGUCGGUGAUUUUGGCCUGGCAAGAUUGUUACCAAUGCUUGACCGUUAUGUUUUGAGCAGCAAGAUUCAGAGUGCUCUAGGGUACAUGGCACCAGAAUUUGCCUGUAGAACUGUAAAGAUAACUGAAAAGUGUGAUGUGUAUGGGUUUGGAGUUUUAGUUCUAGAGGUGGUAACUGGCAAGAGGCCUGUGGAGUACAUGGAAGAUGAUGUUGUGGUGCUCUGUGACAUGGUCAGAGGAGCAUUGGAAGAAGGCAGAGUGGAGGAAUGUGUUGAUGAGAGGCUCCGGGGUAACUUCCCAGCUGAGGAGGCAAUUCCUGUAAUGAAGCUAGCAUUGAUAUGCACAUCGCAAGUGCCAUCAAACCGGCCAGACAUGGCCGAGGUAGUGAAUAUAUUGGAGUUGAUCAUAUGCCCUUCAGAAGGUCAAGAGGAGUUGGAAUGAGUUUGGCUGAUCUUGGGAGAGAUGAUUGGAAGAAGAGAUUAAAAAAUGGGUUAUCUGGCGAAGAAGAAUCCGGUUUUGUUCAUUUAACAGAGAAGAAAUAUUUGAGUAGUGAAGAUUUCUUUCUCCCCCACCUUUUUUUUUAUUAUUUGGAUUUCAUGUUUGUCUCCUGUUAAUGUUUUGGUAGUUUAUCGUCAAUGUAAUAGCCAGGUUACCGGAUUCCUUUUCACCGGGCCCCGAUUUGGUUUCCUAAUGAAUGUUGUAGCCCCGUUAUUAAUC